AUGGAAACAAAAAACUCAAUAACCCACAACGAUCUCUUAUCUUCUUUAAUAUCAGAUAUCAAAUCUUACUCUGGCAAUGACCCUCUGCUCCCUUGGCUCCGGGGGAUUAAGAAAGUGAAGGAGUGUCUGCCUCAGAAUGUACUUAGAGAAAAGUUGCCUCGUUUUCUGCAAAAAUGCACUCAGAGUUUUGAAUCUGAUAGGCGUUAUAGAAAUGACUCGCGCUACCUUCGUGUUUGGUUACAGCUGAUGGAUUAUGUGAGUGAUCCAAGAGCGCUGUUGAGUACCAUGGAAACGAAUCGCAUAGGAGCAAAGCGGUCGUUGUUCUACCAGGCAUACGCUCUUUAUUAUGAGAAGAUGAAGAACUUUGAGGGGGCUGAGAACAUGUACCGUUUAGGGGUGCAGAACCAUGCCGAGCCUGUUGAUGAAUUGCAGAAAUCAUAUGAGCAGUUCCUUCAUCGCAUGGAGAGACACAGAAAGAAAACCAUCCAGCGCCAGGGAGGAAGAGGUGACAAAAGACCUCUAUCUUCCAGGAAGAUUGAAGAGAACAAUGGGAACAUAUACGGUGUUGAGGAUGGGCAUAAAAAGAUACCGGACUGGAGUUCUCAGAAUGAUAAGCCAAUGAAGGAAUCUAACCAUGCUGGGGUUUCAGGAAAUUCAUGUGAAGUUGGCUUGGGUAGGGAUCCGUCCGUGAAGAAGGAACUUGUGAGAAAGAUUGGACAGAGAGGUGUAUCUAAGCAGCUAAAGAAUACAGGAGCGUCAGAAGAACCCAAGAUGUGUUACGGUGAUGAUACUGUUGUGGUAAAGUUUGUAGAUACUGCAAUAGUUGGAAAGCAAGAAACAGAAGAUGCCUGCCAUCAUGGACUGGUGGACCCUACAAUAAAUAUGAAGGAGGCCAUGAAUGCCAUCAAUAGCAUGUUUCGAGAGCCUUUAGAAACUGCUCCAGUAAGUAGAUCACGCAGAAGUCGACCAAACGAAGACCAUAGUUUGAACGAUGGAUUUGAUGUAUUUAUUGAUGAAAACUUGGAUAGUAGAACUGAUUCAGCACAUCAAAAAGACAAAAAGGAUAUUUCCCUGAUGGUGCCUGGUAGAGCUCAAAUAUCCCAUGCUCAUCAAGAACCAUUCCAAAUAUUUAUUGAUGAUGAAGAAAGCAGUGAAAAUGGUGACAGAACUUAUGGGGAUCAAUUAGAGAAGAGUGAGACUAAAAAUCUGGCAGGAGGUUCUUAUUCAUCUGCUUUACCUUUAAAUGCUUUUGUCUUCCUACCUCCGAAGGAUCUUCCAUCUGAAAGCUCUGAUUAUUUGGAUGCGGAGAGUUCACCUCGAAUUACGCUCAGAGAGGAUACAGUUGUUCACAGGUUUGUUGGGUCUACCAUCUCAGAUGAGCCGGUGGUGGAAAAUGUUUGCCACCAUGGGUUAGUAGACCCUACAAUCAACUUGAAGGAGGCUAUGGAUGAUAUUAAUAACAUGUUUGGGAAACCAAUAGAUUUUGUAAGAACCAAGCAAUCAAAGAAGCAAGAUAAAACUCCUGUUAGGAAACAAGAUCUCCGUGGGUUUUCAAUACUUCCUGAUGAUGAUUCGGAGCAUCAGCAAGGUCAGCCACCACCCAGUUCAUCCAGAGUAAGCAAUGCUGAUUUGUUUGAGCCAACAGUUUUUACAAAAGAGGCAAUGGAUGACAUAAAUAAGAUGUUUGGAAUGCCACUGGACUUUUAG